UGUGUGUGUUGAUAGAGUCCAGUGUUUAACGUUCUCGUCUCGCGCCUGCGACGGAGGAGGUGUUGAAGCAAAAUAGGGAACCGGGGGGUCCCGUUACCGUAAAAAAAAAAGAAAAGAAAAAAAAACCAACAAACACAGCGAGAGGGAGAGAGAGAGAGAGAGAGAGAGAGAGAGAGAGAGAGAGAGAGAGAGAGAGAGAGAAGAGGAAAAGAAGACGGAAAGAAAGACGUGAUUAAGACAUGAAGCGAGAAGAGCCGUAAUUUCCAUCUUUAAUACUCACCGGUGCGCUUUAGGAGGCGCGUCGCCGCUCAGCGUGUGUGUGUGCGCGCGAGCGCGCGUGCGUGAAUGUGUGUGUGAGUGUGUGUGUGUGAGAGAGAGAGAGAGAGAGAGAGAGAGAGUGUGUGUGUGUGUGUGUUUUAAUGAAAAAAAAAAAUUGAACACCGGAAGUCUCGCGACUGUGUUUCGUCGUCGAAGUUCCACGCUCAGUAGUUGCGGGAGUGUGUGCGGGAGUGUGUGCGGUGUCCUGUCACGCGCCGCCGCCGCCGCUGCUGAUGGUGUCGGGAUGAAGAAUCACUCACAGUGAACCGGAAUCGUGCAGAAGUCUCGAGGUCGCAGAUAAUCCGCCCGCGUUCCUGUUCUCCGCCUGAGAGACAAACAGAGAGAACUGACUGAAUAUAUCUAUAGAGAACGAAGAAGAAGAGAGAGGGAAAGACGGGACGAAGAGACGAGGAGACUCUGGGCUCGGGGCCGACUUGUUGAGUUCUUUUCUGUCGGUUCCGGUAUCACCGAAGAGAUCGCGAGCCGUGCACCCGUUCACCCCGCGCCUUCUUCCUCUCCACUGGGCGCUCCUUUCUUUCUUUCUUUUUUUUUUUGUGUGGAAAAGCCGACUUUUUUUGAGGGGAAAUGGGUGUUUGAGACUGUUGGCAAUUUCCCCUUCACAACACAACAAUGGCCACGGAGUCGUAUCUGGUGCAUGAAGAGGCGAGCCGAGGAGCCGCGCUGCCCGAGUGCUUCCUGGUCCCAGACACUUACAGGGAUGAGUUCCACCCGUUCAUCGAGGCGCUCCUGCCGCACGUGCGCGCCUUCUCCUACACCUGGUUCAACUUGCAGGCACGCAAGCGCAAGUACUUCAAGAAGCACGAGAAGCGCAUGUCCAAGGACGAGGAGCGCGCCGUGAAGGACGAGCUGCUGGGCGAGAAGCCCGAGAUCAAGCAGAAGUGGGCAUCGCGCCUCCUCGCCAAGCUGCGCAAGGACAUCCGGCCCGAGUUCCGCGAAGACUUCGUGCUCAGCGUGACGGGCAAGAAGGCGCCGUGCUGCGUGCUCUCCAACCCCGACCAGAAAGGCAAGAUGAGGCGAAUCGACUGCCUGAGGCAGGCCGACAAGGUGUGGAGGCUCGACCUGGUCAUGGUGAUCCUGUUUAAAGGCAGCCCGCUGGAGAGCACAGACGGAGAGCGGCUCGUCAAGUCGCCGCAGUGCUCCAACCACACCCUGUGCGUGCAGCCGCACCACAUCGGCGUCUCGGUCAAAGAGCUCGACCUCUACCUGGCCUACUUCGUCCACUCGCCAGAAUCAGGACAAUCAGACAGUUCCAGCCAACAGGCAGACUCGGACAUCAAACCCCCACCCAACGGGCAUUUGAGCUUCCAGGACUGCUUCGUCACAUCGGGGGUUUGGAACGCAGCCGAGCUCGUACGAGUUUCACAGAGUCGUCCAGAAAUGACCUUGAAUCUGACAGCAUGAUUGCCUGCCGAACAGCAGCAAUUAAAUCCGCACGUCUCAUUGGACGUCCUGCUUAGCUCCACCUCACAAACCUGAAACUGUUGAACCCAGAGGGACAAGAAUAGCGUUCGGUUUAAGAUUUUGGAUGACAAAGUGGCACGACGUGCGUGUGUCUGUCUGCGUAACAGCCGAGUCCACGCGGUGCUGGUUGAAAGACUAGCUCUGUCCGCUUGCCCUCCAACACAAAGCUGAUAUGUGUGAAGUAACUGUGGAGAACAAACCCACAGCAGUAGGUGCACUGAACCACACAGUCAUGCAGGGAGACGACCUCAACAGCGCCACCGUUUCAUUUGGGUCCUGGAUGGGACGUUUCAGGCUGUAAUCGUCGUUCCGAAGGGAGAGUCGUCCUGUAAUAUAACCACUAACGGGUCGGGAGGACACGUCCGCUAGACCAACAAACCGGCUUGGCAUCCACGCAGUGCUUUUUUUGCCGUAGCAUCACGCCGGGAUUUCAAUUUUAAGUGCAAAAAUAAGUACAAAAACAAGAGCGCGGCGUCGACGCGCGUGGGCGUGGCGGUCACAUCCUCGGUGCUUUCCAGGACCGUCGGCACAGGCGGUGACUUGGCGAAGAGCGGGAUAAUUGUGGUUAGGCGUGCCUCUGCAGCAUCCAAUCAAAUCAUUCCCUUUUAAAGCAUAGAAACAUCGCGUGCGUCAUCCAACGUGACAUUUCCCUGCUGACGUAAGGUUCGGUUUUACUUUACUUAGAUGACACGUUUAAUAUGGUAGCGGCUAAAAUAACCAACAGGCAGUCAGAAUGAAAAAUCUAAACCAAAAAUGAAUAAAUAAACAAAACACGUGGCGGACGAUCUCUUGGCCUACGAAUGUGAGUAGCUCGUUAUCGUUGUAGCUCUCAAAGGAUUCGCGAUUUUCGACGUCGUUUGACGUUCUGCGUACGGUUUGUUCGGGUCUGACGACUUUUAAGUGUUUCAUGAUUGGAAAAACUCAUUUGGCCGAGUCACCGGUGUCCCAGUGUGUAGCGAGCCAGGGUCCUUAGCGGUCCCCGGACCCGUGUACACGAUAUACUGACUCAGGACCUAGGGAGCCUAGCGCGCUGAUUGAGACGCAGCAGGAGGGUGAUGUCCGUAGGGUUUUUCUAUACACAGUAAAACCGGAUAAGUUCAUUUAACUCGAAAAAUUUGAAGGAAUAAAAUGACCUAAAAAUUUUAUAUUUAAGUUAUAUUUUCGACAGAGCCGAAUAAAACAGCGAUAUGACUUAGCGUCGUCGUUGCCGUGGAGCGCAGCCGCUCGACGGUUCUGACGAAGCUCUGUAAAAUCCUCUAUUAACACGCUUUAAAUGACUCUUAUUAUGUUCAUUUGGUUGGUUUGGACCGAAUGAGUUUAUUAGAAACCAGUCCAGUGGGCGAGUGCAAGCUGAAAUGUCUGCAGGAGCAAGUGGGUGUGGGAUUAAAAAAACAAAAGAAAAAAAGGAGUCCCACACACGGCUCACAACUCGAACCCUUUUAUCGUCUCUUCAUUUGAUGCGAGAGAAAAAAAGAACUCGGACGUGUUCGUUAGAAACCGUUCUCAAAGCCGGUUCGAAACGUUCGAAAGUGCUCACUUACUCAGUGAUAUGUGUAUGUAAAUAGAGUGUUUGUAACUCUGAUCGUUGUCUCUAUCCUCGCUCUGUCGUUUCCCCAUCACUCUU